AUGGCUCUGACAUGGCUGAGUUUCGCUGCUGUUCGCGACAAUGUGUCCUCCGCUGUCUGCUGCGUCAAUGCAUCCCCUCGACCUGGCUCGCCGUCUGAGGCGACGUCGACGAGCUUCACCCUAGGGGGGUUAAUGAGCGUAGGAGUCCGUUUUCGUCUGGCUUCUUUUCACGGAUUCGGUGGCGAAAAGACGCCUUUCCCUAGCCGAUGCUUUGCUACUGGCGAGGUUCUGCGCUUUGCCGCCAUGAUUGUCGGUUUCGACACGGAAUUGCCGGACGGCGGCAUGCCUGCUAAGAAGGACCGCGUUAUGCCUAUGCAUGUCCUUGACAAGACCUGA